UUCAGUAAAAGCGGCACAGAAACGUCUUUUUUCACCCAUCUGAAGAGUAUUAGGCCGGAAUAUAAACUUAUUUAAAGCUGUAUUAAGCAGCGAUAUCCAACGCGUGUGGUAUUGUGAUAAAGAAAGGAAUGUUUUGAUAAAUAAGUAAAACAUAUUUUUGCGAUCCGCAUUACUCUCCAAAAGCGUCCUUAAAGACACGCAGUGACCAGAGCAUGCAGCGGACGGACGGCUGAUUUCUCUCCACAUCACACAGGAGCACCGCUGCAACGCGACACCGUCAGAAAUCCUCCAAACCAUGUCGUCGCCGGGGAAACGCGAAUCACCAUCCUCCUCCCUCCAGCUCUGCAGGGUUAUGCUGCCAGACGACGCCAAUAUAAUGGGCAAUGUUCACGGCGGGAUUAUCCUCAAGAUGAUCGAGGAAGCUGGAAGCAUUGUCGGCACCAGACACUGCAACACACAGAAUGGGGACCGUUGCUUGGCUGCUCUGGUUCGGGUGGAGAAGACAGAGUUCCUUUCUCCCGUGUUCAUCGGGGAGGUGGUCCACGUCUCCGCUGUGAUCACUUACACCUCCCAGCACUCGCUGGAGGUUCAGGUCAAAGUCAUCGCUGAAAACAUCUUGACAGGUGAAAAAAAGCUGGCCAACAAGGCGGCACUGUGGUAUGUCCCCUGUUCUCUGCAGAAUGUUGACAAGAUCACAGAGGUGCCUCCUAUUAAGUACGCUAGUCCAGAGCAGGAAGAAGAAGGCAGAAAGCGCUAUGAAUCACAGAAAAUUGAGAGAUUGGAGACCAAAGCGAGGCUUGAGGAGGCAAUGCCACCUCCACCAAAUCCAGAGGACACACCCAAAGAAAGGUACACAGUUGGCUUCAGCCAGUCUAGCCUGAUCCAUUUGGUGGGGCCUUCAGACUGCACUCUAGAUGACUUCGUCUAUGGGGGUGUGACCAUGAAACUGAUGGAUGAGGUUGCUGGAAUUGUGGCCGCUCGACACUGCAACACAAACAUCGUCACCGCUUCUGUUGACGCCAUUAACUUUCAUCGCAAGAUUAAAAAAGGCUGUGUGGUGACAGUGACGGGCCGACUCACCUUUGUCAGCAACAGGUCUAUGGAAAUAGAAGUACUGGUAGAUGCUGAUCCGCUGGUGGAAAAGGAGAAAGGGAAAUAUCGCGCUGUCUCAGCCUUUUUUACCUUCAUUUCACUUGACAAGGAAAAUAAGCCACUAAAUGUCCCUCCUCUAAAGAUUGAAGGAGAGGAGGAGCAGAAACGCUUCGAAGAAGGCAAGGCCCGUUACCUCCAGAACAAGGCAAAGAGACUUGCAGAAAAGGAGCGCCAACAGUGACACUUUGGAUCAGCAUAUCAAACAGCAGAAACCAAUUUCAUCACUUUAUAUAUAUAUAUAUAUAUAUAUAUAUAUAUAUAUAUAUAUAUAUAUAUAUAUAUAUAUAUAUAUAUUCACAAUAUGAAAGAGUUAGAGCCCCGCUUUUAAUGUAGCCUAUUAAACCAUAUUCUGUGACCCUGUUUUUCAGCUGUGAUGCUCACCAAAGUAUUUCUGUAUACUUGUGUGCAAUAUCAAUGUAAAAGUAAUAGUACUUUUUUAAGUUUAGGGAAUAUGCUAAAGUAUUUCUGAUCACUGCUGGGGUUAAACAACAGCACGAUUGUAAAGGUACCAUAUUGCUUCGCAGGAAUAUCUAACUACAGAGUUGCCUUUGAUGUCAGUGCAAAAUGAUACUGAGAGUGCGAGGGAAAUGAUGAAUAAGUGAGUGAAUAAUAAUAAAUAAAAGAGCCAAGCGUGAGUCGGGGCCUCUCACA